AUGGCGUGGAACCCCCACGGGAGGCUGGAAAAGUCCUUCAAUUUGCACCUGGGAUUCCGGCCAGAUCCCCCUCUAUCCCUUGACUUAGUCAACGCUACCUCAGACUCGCUAGAGCUAAAAUUAGACGUAGAGGAGGACAUCGAGGCGCUGCCAGCCGUCUUGUUUAUCAUGUAUAGGAAGGUGGACAGCGACCAGUGGGAAGAGCUUGAAACUAACGUCAAUAAUGGUAAAUAUUAA